AUGGCAUAUCCAACCCCACUCAACGCAUCCCCCCAUCUUCUCGAGUUCCUCAAGACUCUUCACUCCCAGUCCCUCACCCAAGAGGCAAAUGUGGACUGGUACUCGCUUCCUGAGCAAUGCAGCAAUGCCUUUGAUGAUAUUAUGCGAGACAAGUUCAUCGCCUUGGACCAGGACAAGUGUGAGCUGGUCUAUCAUAUCCUGCGGAGUAUCAAUGCACAGGCUGUCGUCGAGGCGGGAACAAGCUUCGGUGUGAGCACGAUCUAUCUCGCCCUCGCAGUGGCAGAGAAUGCCAAGCGAGAUGCCUCAGGUUCGGUGAAAGGAAAGGUCAUCGCGACGGAGAAGGAGCCUUCCAAGGCCAGCGAGGCUCAGAAGAACUGGGAGCGUGCUGGCAAGGAGAUUGACGGUAUUAUCGAUCUCCGCAUCGGUGAUCUGCGUGAGACUCUGACGAAGGAUCUGGGUGUUGUGGAUUUUCUGCUGCUGGACAUUUGGACACCACUUGCCCUUCCAGCGCUGAAGCUUGUGCAGCCGUACCUCCGCCCUGGAGCUGUGAUUAUGGCUGAUAAUACGGUCAAGGCUGCUUCCAAGUAUGAGGAGCUGUUUGCUUAUGUGGAUGCUCCCGGUAGUUCUUUCCAUCGGGUGACCCUUCCUUAUGAAGGAGGUCUCGAUAUGAUUGUCUAUCAGUAG